CUUGUACCAGUUGGCUUUUUGUCUUUAUAAAAAACACCAGAUUCCCCUUUACACAAACGUAAACAAAUCCACAUGAUCAACGACUUGAAACUAAUUUCGACUAGAACUAAGCAACCCAACACCAUAAUCCCACGAUACAUACACACAUAUACUUACAUCAAAACUACCCAACUCUGGAAUUUGGUCCUAAUGGAGAACAUGAAGCCUGUAAUGAAAGAUUUACAAAGAAAAGUAAAGCAAGCAGCUUUACUUUGGUUAGAUGGGUUUAAAGAAGCUUGUUCUCUCCAUAGAGUUGUUAUUUACUGUCUUAGGUCAAGGGAGCUUAUGAUUAGAACUGGACAGUGUUUUUUGUUGAAUGGGUUUCUUUUCUUAGGAAGUAUCUUUGUUUUAAAAUCAGUUAUAAUUCCAACUCUGGAAUGGAUUUUACCUGAUCAGUGCCCACUUGUUGAUUUUCAAGAACCCUGCUUGCGUGGCGACAUUUUAAGACUUCAUUAUCUCUUGCGACUUGGACUCAUACAAAUUGUCUAUGUUUUAUGGUUUUACCCUUUGUACGUAUUCAGCUUUAUCCUAAGCAAUAUAUGGUACAAUGACAUUGCAAAAUAUGGUUUUUUUGCAAUUGAGAUUCAUGGGCCGGAUGUCAAAGUAUCACCUAGCAAAAACAAGUCAUCAUCUGACAGUAAAAAUCUGACAGAUAAAUCAACUGAUCUUGAAGGGGUCAUGAUUAAUAUUGCAGAACAGGCAUACUCAGUCCUCCUCUUGACUGUCUUUUUCGUAGAGGUUUAUGUCACAGGAUAUAUACCAUAUAUUGGAAAGUUCCUGAAUUUCCUGUUACUUUCGUGGAUGUAUGCCUAUUAUUGUUUUGAGUACAAAUGGAAUCUUUCUGGGCGGAGUUUGAAACGAAGGUUAGACUUCUUCGAGAACAACUGGGCCUUCUUUGCGGGUUUUGGAAAUCCAUGUGUAUUGGCGAUAUUCCUUUUCUCUCCUCUUGUCAGUUUUGGGGUUAUGGCUAUAUUAUAUCCACUGUUUGUACUGACGGCAACAGGCUCCAAUGCUGACAAAGUAAUUGAUUCUCGAACAGAAUGGCAAGGCUUGGGAUUAGGAAGAUUGCCAGUAUUUAGUCUUGCAGAUUAUUUGUCGAUACGAGUCCUGUCUUUUUUCUGGGAGCAACCUCAAGAGCAAAAGCCAGACAACAAGACACUCUGAAUGAUGUCCCAACGCAUUGAACUACACCAUAUAUGCAAUAGUGUUGAAGGAACUGAUUUGCAGCAGCUGGAAAGACACUGUUAUGAAACUGAUUUGCAGCAGCUGGAAAGACACUGUUAUGCAUUUCUACAUGUAUAUAAAUCUUCUUUUACUAAGAAAGUAAAUAUGGAAUGCAGUAACACUACACUUAUAUAUAGUGAAUUUUAGUGUCCUGUCACUUUUAGUUUAUUAUAAUUUACUCUUUUGAAGUCA